AGAGAAAACACUAAUAAUAUAAUAAAAUUACUACCUGUUAUUCAUACAUAUAAAUUCAUCAUUGUAAUCAUCAUACAGUCUCUUAAAUUGAUCUCCGAAAAAAUAUCUCACCUUGAUAUUUUAAAGUACUGUGAUUGUUUUAAAAUGCAUACAAAAUGUCAAAAUGAGAUUCAACAACAACAAGCUUUAAUAAUUCAACUUCAAGAAGAUUUAGUUGAUAAGAAUAAAAGAAUAUCAGAAUUAUCAGGUUUAUUGGAUAAAUAUCAAAGUGUAUUUAAUCAGUCACCAUCUUUAUCGACACCAGUAACAGUGAUUAAAGGUCAAAUACAACCACAACAAUCAAGAGAACGACAAUUGGGCUUGAAUGAUGUUGUGUUUGGAUUUGGUGGCAAUGAUCAAUCACAUGUACAUGAUCCAACUGUACAAACGAGAAAACGUGGUAUCGGUAUAUCAGCUGAACCUCAAAAUGAAGAUGAAAUUCAAUCGAAAGAACUUAAAUCAUAUCCCAAGUCAGAGGAUGUUCGUAAAUUAAUAAAAGGUGCUAUUCUGGAAAAUGACUUCAUGAAUCAUAUCGCAUCAAGUCAAUUGAGUCAGUUAGUCGAUUGCAUGUACAGCAUAGAGUUUACUGCGGGUGAAAUGAUCAUUACUGAAGGCGAUUAUGGCUCGUUAGUGUAUGUAUUAGGCGAGGGACAACUAGAAAUUUCCAAAGAUGGUCGAAAAUUAAGAGUGCUAGAUCGCCCGACAGUACUAGGGGAAUUAGCUGUUUUAUAUAAUUGCACUCGAACUGCCAGUGUUAAGGCUAUAACAAACGGAACACUUUGGGCAAUUGACAGAACAUCAUUUCAAACUAUAUUAAUGAGAGAUCAUUUACAAAAACACAAUGAUUACAUAACAUUCCUUAAAAGUGUACCAACAUUUAGUAAUUUACCAGAUAGUACAAUAUCCAAAUUAGCAGAUCAACUGAAUGAAGUUACUUAUCGUCCAAAUGAAUAUAUAAUACGUCAAGGUGCAAGAGGUGACAAUUUCUACAUAAUUGCCGAUGGUCAUGUGAAGGUGACCAUUUAUCCAACAACAGAGAAUGGAGUAAUUGAUCGUACAAAAGAGCCUCAGUUUGUACGUACACUAGGUAGAGGAGAUUGGUUUGGUGAAAAAGCAUUAACUGGUGACAACUUACGAACGGCCAAUAUUAUUGCAACUGGAGAUGAAGGGGUAACAUGUUUAGCUUUGGAUUUGGAGUCAUAUAGCCUUUUGAUUGCUGAUUUGGCUGCAUUAAAAAGGCGAUAUUCACAAGAAAAACCGCAAGAAACUACAAUUGAAGAAUAUAAGCCAGAAUUUCAAAACUUACAAUUUCAAGAUCUAAAAAUUAUGUCUACUUUGGGUUCUGGAGGUUUUGGUCGUGUUGAGCUCGUAAGUAUAGGAAGUGAUAAGACAAAAACAUAUGCUUUAAAAAAGAUGAGGAAACAGCAUAUUAUUGAAACAAAACAAGAGGAACAUGUAAUAAAUGAGCGUAAUAUCAUGUUACAUACAGAUUGUGAUUUUAUUGUAAGACUAUGCAAAACAUUCAGAGAUAAUAAAUAUGUCUAUUUACUGCUUGAAGUAUGUCUGGGUGGUGAACUUUGGUCUCUUCUAAAGGACAAGAGAACAAAAGGAUAUUUUUUCACGGAACAAGCUACACAGUUCUAUGUGGCAUGUGUAGUUGAAGCAUUGGAUUACUUACAUAGGAAAAAUAUUGUGUAUCGUGAUUUAAAACCGGAAAAUAUUAUGCUGGAUACACAAGGAUAUUGUAAACUAACAGAUCUUGGAUUUGCUAAACAGUUACCAUAUGGAGCUAAAACAUGGACAUUCUGUGGUACACCAGAGUAUAUGGCACCCGAAGUAAUAUUAAAUAAAGGUCAUGAUAUUGCUGUUGAUCAUUGGUCAUUAGGUGUAUUGUUAUUUGAACUACUGACAGGCUUACCACCAUUUGAAUCACCAGAUACAAUGCGCACAUAUGGAAUUAUAUUAAAAGGAAUAGAUGCUGUUAAUUUUCCAACAAGAAUGUCAAAAAAUGCUCAAUCUUUAGUUAAAAAACUUUGUCGUGAAAAUCCGACUGAACGAUAUGGCAUAGGAAAAGAAGGACUACGUGAAAUCGAAAGGCAUGUAUGGUUUGAAGGAUUCGAUUGGGUUGGAUUACGUAAACGAGUAUUAAAAGCACCAUAUGAAAGACAAGUAACGUCACAAAGUGAUCUCAGACACUUCGAUGAAUAUCCAGAAGAAACAGAAGAACCAGAAGAUGAAACAUCGGGUUGGGACGAAUCAUUUUAAUAAAAAAUGGCGAAUAAACAGUGGAUGAAUGAAAAUGAGAUAGAAAUUGUUGUUCUUGAUACUUAUAUCACCCAUCUAACUAAAUUCAAUUUAUGCAAGAAAUAUAUUGAAAUGUAUCUGCUAACGUAAUUUGGAAAAAUGCGAAAUGUCAAACUCAUUGAAAAGUCAAUAAAAAGUCGGUUAUCAUAAUUAAGUAAUUAAUUGGUGAUUCAAAGAAAUAAGAAAACAGUCAGAAAAAUUCCUUUUCUCUCUUUUUCCAGUCUUGAUUUUACAAUAUUUGUGAGAUAUCGUGUUCAAGAUGGUGACGUUGAGUAGAACUCGACUAUCGAGGUUAGGAUAACAAUUUAUGGGUGAA